AUGGCCGAAGAAGUAUGGGUAAAGCCUGAAAUCAACCAUCCCAGCAAAGAUCUAUGGCUCCAUCUACUACUGGACAAGCGAGAGCCCUACAGUGCAAUAAAUGUGGAAGACAUCAAGGACAAUCCUGGACCUACUUCAAGUGCUAAGAUUGGGCACAUAUCCAAGUAUUGCUCAAAGAAUGUUCCUACUCCAAAUCAUAGACCUUCUAUCCCCAAGCGAGUCUUCACCAUGACUAGGAAAGAGGCCAAAGUUUCAUUGAAGUUGAUUAAAGGUAAAAUUUCACCAAGUGAUAACCCAAUAGAUGCUUUGUUUUAUUCUAGUACCACCCAUUCUUCUAUUUCUAGCAAGUGUGCAAAAAAGUUAAAUCUGUAUGUCCUUGAAAUAUUGUUUUUCGUGAAUAUGUCUACACCAGUUGGUGCCUCUAUUAAAACCAAUCGGGCUUGUCUGAAAUUAGAGUUAGAAUUUGGUGAUAGAGCCAAAACUAUUGAUUUGAUUUGUUUACAUUUGAGCGGUGUUGAUGUAAUACUGAGAAUGGACUAA